UUCUGAUAGGAUUAAAAAUGUUAUUUUUGGUAUCAACAACCAAGGCGUAUAAAUUACCCUCAUCGGAAGCGGCAUUUCCGUAGAGAUAGCAUGAUCAACGGCGAUCGGAAAUGGGCAAGCUCGCUCUUCUGCUUUCGAUUUUUCUACUGACUGCUCCGUCUACUGGAAUCUGUAAUGGCAUUGGGGAGGAUUAUGUGAGACCGGCACCUCAAAAAACCCUAAGCUUCUCCUGGCCAUGGAAUCGCAAACAUUCAUCCGGACCCCAACAAGUUCACAUUUCUCUGUCCGGAGAGAAACACAUGAGGAUUUCUUGGGUCACCGAAGAUAAAUCUCUUCCCUCAUUUGUUGAGUAUGGAACAUCAUCCGGCCAGUACACAGAAUCAUCUGAAGGAGAAAACAUGUCCUACAGAUAUCUCUUUUAUAACUCCGGGAAGAUCCACCAUGUCGUUAUUGGACCUCUUGAGGAUGAUACAGUGUACUACUAUCGUUGUGGUGGGCAGGAACCAGAGUUCCAGUUCAAGACUCCUCCUUCUAAAUUCCCAUUAACUUUUGCUGUAGUUGGUGAUCUUGGUCAGACUGAUUGGACUUCAUCAACACUAAGGCACAUUGAUCAGUGCCAAUAUGAUUUGCAUUUACUACCAGGAGACCUUUCUUAUGCUGAUUAUCAGCAGCACUUGUGGGAUUCAUUUGGGGAUCUGAUACAGCCGUAUGCCAGUGCGAGGCCAUGGAUGGUAACCGAAGGGAACCACGAGAAAGAGAGUAUACCAUUUAUUAAAUAUCCAUUCCAGUCAUAUAAUGCGAGGUGGAAGAUGCCUUAUGAGGAGAGUGGCUCCACUUCAAAUCUCUAUUAUUCUUUUGAAGUUGCAGGUGUUCAUGUGGUUAUGCUUGGUUCUUACACAGAUUAUAAUGAAGAUUCUCACCAGUAUGUUUGGCUCAAGGCUGACCUUGCUAAAGUGGAUAGAGAAAGAACACCAUGGCUGCUAGUUCUUCUGCAUGCGCCAUGGUACAACAGCAAUUGGGCUCAUCAAGGGGAAGGAGAUGAUAUGAUGGCUGUAGUUGAACCGCUGCUCUAUGCUGCUGGUGUGGAUAUUUUGAUUGCUGGUCAUGUGCAUGCUUAUGAAAGAUCGGAACGUGUCUAUGGUGGUCAAUUAGACUCCUGUGGUGCCAUACACAUAACCGUCGGCGAUGGAGGUAAUAGAGAAGGACUGGCUCAAAGAUAUCAGUACCCGAAGCCGACAUGGUCAGUUUUUAGGGAAGCCAGUUUUGGACAUGGAGAAUUGAUGAUUGUUAAUUCAACUCAUGCGUUAUGGAGUUGGCACAGGAACGAGGAUCAUGAAUCACUUAGUUCUGAUAAGGUUUGGAUUAACUCCUUGGCCGGUUCUGGUUGCUUGAGAAGUGGAAGGCUUGAUUUGAGCAAGAUUCAAUUAGUUCCUUGAAGCUGGAAUCUAUAUUUAGUGAUUCACAGGAGAGGUAUAGAUUGCUCAUGUAAAGAUCACUUUUUAUGCAAUGUUUGAUAACUUGUAUACUAUGUAUACGUUUUGUUAUACAAAUAAUAGCACAUUUAAUGCUAUUUAGUACACAUCAGUUAUACAACUGAUAGCACAUUUAAUGCU